UCUCUCCACCUCUACUCCACCCCUCCACUUUUUCUGCCAUAAACUUUCGAACACAACAUUGUUGCCACAGACCCUCCUUUCCUCUAAAACCAGAGCAACAGGAUUGAACCCCAACACUCUCCAUCUACAGAUUUAGCCAACCGGAUCACGUCCUCCAUCGCCGUGAAAUCCAGCACUGCUUCCUCCUCACGCGGCUCUCCACUCCACCUCGUGGUACUGCCAUCUUUCUUCCUCUCUCCUCCACACUUCUCCCCUCUCUCUGCACUAAUCCGUCCCACCCACCACGCCUCGGCAUGGAGAAAGUGCAGCACAUCACACGGGCGGCCAUCCGCCGGGCGUCCACCAUGGAGGUCCCCCAGCAGGCCAAGCAAAACAUGCAGGAGCUCUUCGUCAACUUCUGCCUCAUCCUCAUCUGCCUGCUGCUCAUCUACAUCAUUGUCUUGCUAAUCUCUUUCCACGGCAUGUGAGAGACCAGCGUGAUGUAACCUGCUCAUCCUCCUGUUCCCUGGCAAACAAGAAGAACCUCCACUCGGAUACACUUCCACACGGCCGAACAGCCCAGGAAAUCUCCAUCCCGUCACUAUGGAUCUGAUCAAUAACCGAGGGAUAAACCUGCUGCUCAACUUCCUGCUUAUUGUAGUGGCUCUACUGCUCAUGCUGAUUCUGGUCAAGCUCAUGUGACCCAACAUGGCCAGAAACAAGAGACUCCUACUCUCUCCACCUCCAAAACCAGUUUAAGGUUCCUAAUAUGACAUCAGACUGACUUUUUCUCACUUUAACAACACACCAGAUGAACC